AUCCGGGUCCGCACCUUUUCCGGUAACACAGCACCCUCCACCGCCGCGACUGAACAGCCGGGGAAGCGAGAGCCAGAGAGCGGCAAGAGAGGCGAGAAACGGCCGGGCGACUGGGUGAUGGUUGCCGCAGACGUUGCCGGAUCCGAAGUUGUCCUCUGUGCCCCACUAACACCCCUCCCUUCCCUCUGCCGCUCGUGUGUCACGGGGGGGGUGGAGAAGAAAAGCUCCCAUGAAUCAAUGACCUUUUGUUCGAACGCACCCCUCCACCCGACGGGAUGUACCGGUGCUGCUCAUACGGCCCGGGGAGCUGAUAUUUGGGUGGGUUUAAAAAAAAAAGAAAAAAGAAAAGAAGAAGAAGCCCCCCCCCCCCCCCCAAAAAAAACACCCCCACCGUGCGUUUGGAAUCUACCGACUGGGAUUGGCUGAAGGGCAAUCGUGGCCGGCCGCGAGGAAGUGGGAACCCCGGGUUUGGUGGGACUGCGCCGGAUUAUUUUACAGUGUUUUUAAGAAGAAGAAGAAGAAGACAAAUCUGUUGCAGCUUUUUUGUUGUUUUCAUCAGAGUUGAGAUGUGGAUUUUAAAGCAAGUCUAGUUUGAAACCAUAUUUCCCAGUGAGAAGUCACACCGGCUGAUUGCGCCUCUCCGCUGUCCGACGGCGCAAAAGUCACCGCCUUUUUCAAAUGUGUUGACGUCACGCGGAGAGACGUCAAAGUUGCAUCGAAGAACAUUCUUUUUUUUUUGUUUGUUUUCUUUUCUUUUCCCCUCUCACGACAGUAUUUAUGCACAGCAAACACGAUGGGGAAAAUGAUCUCAAAGAUCUUUGGCAACAAGGAGAUGAGAAUAUUGAUGCUUGGACUUGAUGCCGCGGGUAAAACCACCGUCCUGUACAAGCUGAAACUGGGACAGUCGGUCACCACCAUCCCCACGGUCGGCUUCAACGUGGAGACCGUCACCUACAAGAACGUCAAGUUCAACGUGUGGGACGUCGGGGGACAGGACAAGAUCCGCCCGCUCUGGAGACAUUACUACACGGGCACCCAGGGCCUCAUAUUCGUGGUGGACUGCGCCGACAGGGACCGCAUCGACGAGGCCAAGCAGGAGCUCCACCGGAUCAUCAACGACCGGGAGAUGCGGGACGCCAUCAUCCUGAUCUUCGCCAACAAGCAGGACCUCCCGGACGCCAUGAAACCCCACGAGAUCCAGGAGAAGCUCGGCCUGACCCGCAUCAGGGACAGGAAUUGGUACGUUCAGCCCUCGUGCGCCACCACGGGGGAUGGACUCUACGAGGGCCUGACCUGGCUCACCUCUAAUUACAAAUCUUAAUGUUGGUCCCCUCACCGGCCCCGGACACUUGGAUGCGACAAAGAAUAUAGUCGCUGAGCACGAAAACAGGAGUUUGAGAAGAAGAAGAAGAAAAAAAUGCAAUCUGAAGCAAUUAAUUACCACAACCUCUCUGCUGAGUGUACGUCGAAGAGAGGAGCAAUUAUAUCUUGUUUUUAUUUUCCUUUUUUGAUAACAAUGACUUCAAUAUAACCCCAGAUUUCAUUUAAACAAGAGAAAAUUUAUGUUUUUUGGCUGGCUUUCUUCUGCUUUGGUUCACAUUCUGUAUAAUCAGUACUGUUUAAACACACGAUCCGCUCACUUUGGAGCUCUUCUUUUUGUUUUUCUCCUUUUUGUAAUUCCUUUUCAGGGGACUUCGGGACACACAUUUCUAUGCUUUGCUCGUCCUCCGCAUUCCCAGGACUCAGCCGCAUAUUGAAAGGACGGAAAACUCCGGGGCAAACCCUGUGUGUGGGACCCGGGUUACAGGUGCUCCCAAAAAAAACCAGGAUGCUCCCAAAAUCAGGGCACUUACUGCACCAGGAGGUAUUCUCACCUGCUGAGUCUGCACUUUGGAAGAGGUGUGUGGGGAGGGAGGGGGGGGUCGGGGGUCACAACUAGCUUGUUGUGCACAUUAAGAUUGUCCGCGACUGACUUUUGGACCUUGAGCAAAUGUUUACGAGUUACCCUGCUCUUCUUCUUCGUUCCUUCGUCAUCACCACGGUCCUGCAGACCUGCGUCCAGUCUGUUCAUAGUUCAUCAAUACUGCUCUGUUCUUUUUUUUUUUGUUUCCUUUUCUUCUUGCUAUGCUGAUGAAAUAAUAAAAAAAAACCAUAUAUCCAGA